UCAAUAUGUUACAAAGUACAGACUAUCAUACAGCAUGGACGAUAAGACGUGGAUUGACUAUCAAAAUAAAACGGAAUUUCCUGGCAACAAAGGCCCGGAUGAUGUCGUUCGUCACCAGCUCUCCCCGGUCAUUUGGGCUCGCUUCAUCAGGUUCCAUCCAUUAAAGUAUCAUGGUUACAUAACGAUGAGAGUUGAAGUAUAUUCCUUUAGAAGAGCUUCUCCAACGUCUCUUGGCAUUGAAUAUGGAAAUAGAGAGGUACCACUUGAUCACAUAACCGCAUCAUCCUUCAAAGACAACGAUACCCAACCAUAYAUGGCGAUGCUUAACUACCCUUUUAAAUUUCGCGGUUGGUGCUCAAAACACUCUACUGGCCAAUGGCUGCAAUUUAACUUUGGUCACGCAAUGAUUGUCACGGGCAUUGUCACGCAAGCAACAGGUGGAAUUAACCCCCAAUGGUUGAAAAAAUACAAGGUCUGGCAUAGUUUACUAAAAAACUGGCAUGUCUACAAAGAAAAUUCCAUUAUUAAGAUUUUCACAGGAAACUCAAAUCCACUUGGUUAUGCAGUGAGGAAAAUCAAAGACACAAAGGCUAGCAUGGUUAGAAUCACAGCUGUCGAAUUUACUGGAGACACRGUGUGUUGCAGGGCAUCGGUGCUGGGACGUCGCAAUGGACCUCUAGGUGCACCUGUCUUCGCGCCAUGGAAUUCACGUUACAUUGUUGGGUAUWCCAAUGACAACGUCAAAGRGAAGCUGAACAUUGCUACAGUUGGUGAUGUACCUCUUAGCUUUGCRAUUAUGUCUAAAGGAGURAAAACAAGUGCAACCAUCCUUCAAGCUAAUUCACAACAUCAAGGAAUCUACACUAUUACUGCCUCUAAUUCGGUUGGAACAAGCAAAACAGCAAUGUAUUUACAGAUAAAAGAUUCCCUAGAACUAUGCACWAAUCAUGAGAUUAUUUCCGGAUCCGAUUCGUUCUUGACAUCUGUAGGAUUCCAGUCAGGGGAUAAAAACAUUCUACAGGAACUCAAAGCAAACACUUGGUACCGCUUUAUUGGCGAGGAUGGUUACAGCUAUCGACCGACCACAACGUGCACCCCUAAAAAACAUUGUAAAGCUAAUAACACUGGAUACCUAUCGAAAUCUAUGCCGUACGUCWAUGAAGGGAUUAUGAAAAUAAAAGCCUGUUUUAACAAAAAUGGARAAUGCUGUSAUWCAAAAAUGAAUAUCUAUGUUCGAAACUGUAAACAGUUCUACAUUUAUAAAGUAGAGAAGAAAGCAAGUGACGAAUUUGGUAUUUGUCUAGUGAAAUACCGGCCAGAUUUCCCGAAUAAGAUGUUCGCAUCAAUGUUACAGCCAUURGCCCUACAUAAUCACGUGAUUCGCCGAUUCUUUGAUGUUUAUGAGGUGAUGGCUUGUAUGAACUACUGUACAAUGGUUAAGGAAUGUASAUCCUUUAACUAUAGCCAAAAGAAAGUCACAUGUGAGUUGAACGAUGCCACUGCAGUAGAGUUUCCAAAGGAUUUACAACAUCGAUCUGACUUCCUAUACUAUUACGCCCAGGAAUACAUGGAAAGUGUGAUGGUUAGGGACGAAUUCUAGCUUCCUCAUCUUCGGUUURUUAUUAUUUCUCAUGCAUGCAUAAGGUGUAUAAAAAUGCGAUACUAAGUGGGUAUAGUAGAUUGUAGACAUUGGCGGAUCCAGGUUGAUUGACUACAGGGAGUGGAGCAUGUCUCUAUGACGAUGCCAGUGUAUACCAUACAAAUUCACUUACGGACAUUCGAUUUACACUUAACCUGUGAAAUAGUCAGUAGACUAUUAGUUACUGGAGUAGCUGACCUUAAUUUGAUUGUCUUCUUUUGUCUCAACAACACUAGUUUUUGUACCACGUUUUAAGUGUUGAUUAAUCAAAAAUAUGCUCGGGUUAKUUGGUUUCACCUUGCUAUUUGAGCAUCCACAUACCUUGUACUUUCCGAAAACUCUUCCAAGUAAAUGGAGCAUUUUCACUCGCAUUUCGGUGACAUUKCCGGCGUAAAU